AUGACGUACGAGGGUGGCCUAAUUGCUCUGCUCCUGCUCCUGUUGGUCUUCACAGUGGCUCUGUAUGCUCAGCGGCGCUGGCACAAACGCCGCCGGAUCCCGCAGAAGAGUGCCAGCACGGAGGCCACGCACGAGAUCCACUACAUCCCUUCGGUGCUGCUGGGUCCGCAGGCCCGCGAGAGCUUCCGCAACUCGCGCCUCCAGGCCCACAACUCGGUCAUUGGGGUGCCUAUCCGCGAGACCCCCAUCCUGGAUGACUAUGAGGAUGAGGAAGAGGAAGAGACCCCACGACGGGCAGAGCCCAGCACCAGGGAGGAUGAGUUUGGCAGCCAAGUGACACGGACACUGGAGAGUCUGGGCCAGGGUGGGGAGGAGAAACCUGACUACGAGAAGAAAGCUCCCGAGGUGACGCAGGAGACGGUGGAGUCCCUCAUGCAGAAGUUCAAGGAGAGCUUCCGCACCAACACGCCCAUCGAGAUCGGGCAGCUCCAGCCCGCGCUGCGCAGCACGGCCGUGGGGAGACGGAAACGCCGGAGCCGGCCCCGAGGUGGUAUCGGCUUUGGACGUGCCAAAGGAAAUUCUGGCUCAGAGGCAGACGACGAGACCCAGCUAACCUUCUACACUGAGCAGUAUCGGAGCAGGAGGCGAAGCAAAGGUUCCAUGAAGAGCCCUGUGAACAAGACAGCUCUGACGCUCAUUGCCGUCAGCUCCUGCAUCCUGGCCAUGGUGUGCGGCUCUCAGCUCUCCUGCCCGCUGACAGUGAAGGUGACUCUUCACGUACCUGAGCACUUCAUUGCUGAUGGCAGCAGCUUUGUGGUGAGCGAGGGGAGCUACUUGGACAUCUCUGACUGGUUAAAUCCAGCCAAGCUUUCCCUUUACUAUCAGAUCAACGCCACCUCCCCCUGGGUGAGAGACCUCUGUGGACAGAGGACCACUGAUGCCUGUGAGCAGCUCUGCGACCAAGAGACAGGAGAAUGCAGCUGUCAUGAAGGUUAUGCCCCAGACCCUGUCCAUCGUCAUCUGUGUGUGCGCAGUGACUGGGGACACAGUGAAGGACCUUGGCCCUACACCACACUUGAGAGGGGAUACGAUUUGGUCACAGGAGAGCAAGCGCCGGAGAAGAUCCUCAGGUCCACCUAUAGUUUGGGUCAAGGUCUGUGGCUGCCUGUCAGUAAGAGYUUCGUGGUACCUCCUGUGGAGCUUUCUAUCAAUCCUCUCGCCAGCUGCAAGACAGAUGUUCUGGUAACAGAAGAUCCAGCAGAUGUCAGGUAGGAA